AUGGAGUCCGCCGGAUACUCAGCGCCUGGUCGAACCAGAUCGUCCGAUGGCACUACAAACCAUGACGAAACCUCCGCAUUCCAAGAAAGUGUCACCCCUCAGGCUGAGUCGACAGAAGACGCAGAGACUGUGUUCUUAAACAAAGGCACCUCAACUCCCAAGGCUAUCGAGAGCGGCUCGGAUACCUCCCCCAAAUCCCUCGACCGAUCAUCAAAUUCCGCCGCCGCAGACCAAGACGAACCGCGCAAAUGCUGGAUCUGCUACACAGACGAAACCGAAGACUCGCCUCUGAAUCAAGAAUGGCGCUCGCCAUGCCCAUGCGCCCUCACAGCCCACGAAGCCUGUCUGCUCGACUGGCUCGCCGAUAUGGAAAACCCGCGGUCGCGCAGGGGCAAUGGGAGCGCAAUAACAAUGCAAUGUCCACAAUGCAAGACUGAGAUCGUGGUCACCCGCCCCCGCAGCUACGUGGUAGAUAUUCUCCGGUUAUUUGAACGGGUAGCAGGCCGACUAGUGCUCCCAGGCAUGGUGUUCACGGUGGCGGGCACCGUUUGGGCCGGGUGCUGCGCGCACGGUGUAUACUCCAUGUACCUUGUUUUUGGAACAGAAGAAGCGAAACAGAUUAUGGACGAUAGUGCCGAUGGUCCAUGGAACCCCGGCUUGAAUCUCGGACUGCCGCUUAUUCCUCUUGUCUUGAUAUUUUCUCGGACUCGAUAUGCUGAAGGUCUUCUCCCGGCCAUCCCGGUUCUUUUCUUUGCUGCGCAUAAUCCUGGUCAAGAUCCUGAUUUUGAUAUCUGGCCACCUACACCUGCUAUGACUUUUGCUGCGCUGCCGUACGUUAAGAGUUUCUACGGGGCUUUGUAUGAGCGGCUGUUCGGGGGACUAGAGAAGAAAUGGAUUGCUGAAGUGCAACCGCGGGCUGCGGAGGAGAUAUUGGAUGAUGCACAGCAACAAGAUCAGGCGGAGGGCUUGAACCGGUUCGAGGAUGGGAACGGCCAGAUUCUCAUGGAGAUCGAUCUCGAGCUUCAGAUGGGUAUGGGUGAGGAGGAUGCCCCGAAUGGUCAAGCUGCUCCGGCAGGACAAGGAGAAGGUGCCAAUGCUGGCGCCCCCGAAGCAAACAACAAUCCGCUUGGAUUGGGUCGACGCAAUGAGAUCAUUCACGAUACUGGCAACCUGGCUGAUGCCAUUCUCGGCGCACUUGUCUUUCCCGCAAUUUCAGCCUCUAUGGGUGGGUUGUUGAAAUACGUCUUACCCAAAGCGUGGACAACCCCAUCCUUGGCCCUGGAGCGUGGUCGCCCGGGUCUCCUGCAAACUCGCUGGGGUCGCAGCGUUCUCGGUGGAUGCGUCUUUGUUCUAUUGAAGGACGCGCUGGUGCUGUAUUGCCGGUGGAAACUAGCUCAGUCACACCGUCGCCGCAAGGUCUUGAACUACGAUCGAGCCAAGAAGCACCACGCAUCCAAGCGUUCCGUGGGCUAG